AUGAUUAUACCUUUUGGAAACAACUCAUUAUCCCCAUCUUCCUUUUCGGUGCAAAACAGCGGCACCAUGACGAAGGAGACAUUAUCACAACGACACGAAUGCCCAAGCAUGACGCGGCAAUUCAUCCAAGGUCCCUGGUGGGCAUCACUCUAUCGCCGUGGUCUUGUUCAAAAGAGCAAUAUCGACAAAAAGGAGAUCUACUCGCCACCUACCACACGUAUCGCAAGCAGUGUUCAUUUGGUAUCAUCACAUGUGGGCCUUUUUAGCUGGAUCCGUCAACCGAUUAAUUGGAUGAGGCAAUAUCAAGAUCCAUCAUGCCAUCCUUUUCCAGAGACGACAGAGGAAGAGGAUGACGUCAUGUCACCAUCAUCUGCGUAUUCGUCGUUUUCCACAUCCACAAUAUCAACCCAUUCAAGCAUUAGCACUGUUGAAGAUGAGCUUAGCGAACAUGAUAGUGGCUGUGAGCUAACAUCGCCUUCAAGCUUAUAUGGUGGUGAGGGCGGCGUUGCUACGCAUUUUGACAAGCAAUUGGAUUUUGAUCCCGCACCAACAAGGUCAUGGCCACCAGAAUCCCAAAGCUCGGUUAUUACGCAGGUCGUACAAGAGCUGAGUCCACAGUUGGCUGAUGCAUGGCAUAAGCAUGAAAUGGCUAUGAAACAGUAUCGGCAGCAAUAUCCCAUUCCUCCAACUCAACGUCGCAAAUACAUCAAAUCCUCCAAAAGACGGUAUCAACAAAGGCGUAAAUCACCCAUGACCGCAUCUCCUCGUGUUACUCCUUCAUCCCUCAUCUCCUCCUCAUCAUCAUCGACAACAGGUGGUGGUGCCACCACAACACGUAGUCAGCAAUUGGUGGAUCUUGCUCGCAGUGCCUUAGUAUACUUUGAAAAUGCGUAUGGCCAUAUACCAGAUGGCAUGUUGCCCAUGUUACGUGAAGCAGCUGCAUAA